AUGACCCCACCUGCGCUUGACGAUGUAUUGGCCAACAACAUCAAGCUGGUAAGUCAGGGGGAGUACGAGAUUGAUCUGCCCAGCUCAUUUAGCUUCGGUCCAAGGAUUUUUGGAGGACUGGUGAUGUCUAUGGUCCAACAGACAGUCAAGCAAUACUUUGCAGAAGUGCACAGCGAGUAUAAUCAGGCAGAUGUUUUGGGAAUGCAGUGGCAGUUUUUCCGUUUACUGUUCCCUUCAGCUGCAAAGAUCGACAUCAAAGACAUACACCUCGGGAAGGCCUCGUCUACCAUCUUAGUCACCGUCAGCCAGAAAGGAAAAGACUGCAUGAUGGGGUUUGUAACUAUCACCAACAUGCUACUUUCUCGGGGUUUCUCCUUUACCACAAGUUGGAAACUGGAUCCGCCACCCAUCCAGGCAUCAGUGUCCGCACUUGCCAAAGAUAAUGAUCCGCGUUGGAUUUCUUAUCAAACACCGUAUCAUCCAGAGAGCUUUCGGCGUGUUCAAUCCUACCUAAAGUACUUCGUUCCCUAUGAAAUGCAGGAGCCGAGCAUUCGUGAUCAAUGGAUAACCUGGUCCAAUCCGCAAACCACCUUUACAAAUGAGACCUUGGGGUUCGUGCUGGAUAUCUCCUUUCCGAUCCUCGACAAUUUCUAUCCAGAAGUGUCGACCGGGGGUCAGGCUGCAACUGUCGCUGCGGGGCUGGAGCAGAAAAGAGAACGAGAGGCCGGAAUUACUAAAGUUAUCGAUGCAUCGUCUGGAUCGUACAGAGCGCCCGCAAUGAUCACAUCCCUGUCUACUAGCAUCGAAAUUAAGAAGCUCCUACCACCGGAGGGGACCAAGUGGCUUUUCCUGCGAGCUCAGGCCAAAGAGAUCAAAAAUGGGAGAAUGAGCAUGGAGGUGCUGGUAUUUGAUGAGCAUAUGGAGUUGGUGGCGUUGAGCCAACAGCUCUGUCCAAUCAUUGAUUUAACACGAGCCAUGAAAAACAAGCAGAAGCUUUAA